UCUGCGCAUGUUCACUGCUCAGCCAGCGCUGCUCCUCUCAAAUCGCCAGCAUGGCUGCGCCUCUCUUUUAUUUAUUAAUCUUCAACGGACUUUUAUAUGCAUUUACAUCAUCUAAGGAGGAUGUCGACAAGACUUUUUCAGACCUCAAGAGAUGCAACGAUGAGGAAUGUAGCUUGCUGAUGUGCAGAGGCAAAGCAACUCAAGACUUCACUGGCCCUGACUGUCGAUUUUUAGAGUUCAAAAAGGGGGAAACGAUCUACGUGUAUUACAAACUUGCAGGCCGGAGAACGGAUUUGUGGGCAGGAAGUGUUGGCAGCAGGUUUGGCUACUUUCCAAAGGAUCUUCUUGAGAUUAACCACAUAUAUACCGAAAAAGAAAGAGAAAUUCCAACUGAGGACACUGAUUUUGUGUGUUUUGAUGGAGGACCAGAUCAUUUUGAUAGUUAUGAUGUAGAUAAACUGCUGGAGUCGGUUCAUUUGAAAGACAAGAGUGAAGUGGUAGAAUCUGAAAUACCUGACUCUGUGAAAGAAGAAAAAAAUGAAAAUGAUGACAACCGAAGUAAAGAGGAAAAUCUGCUGCAUGGAGAGAAAGAGGAAACUAGAGUCCACGAAAAUGACCAAAAUGAAAACGAAGACAAAAAAAGUAAAGAGGAAAAUCUCCUAGUCGGCAAGAAAGAGGAAACUAACAUUCACAAAAAAGAUGAAAGUGAAAAUGAACAAAAGCAAAAUAAAGAGGAAGAGCUGGCAGUCAGUGAGGAGGAGGACCCGGUAGUCCAUGGAAAUGACAAAAACGAUGAAAAACAAAAUAAAGAACAAGAGCUGGCAGAUAGUGAAAAAGUGGAAACUGCAGUUCAUGAAAAUGAUGAAAAACAUAAUAAAGAAGAGCUGCCAGACGGUGAAAAGGUGGAAACUGUAGUUCACGAAAAAGACAAAAAUGAAAAUGGCGUAAAACAAACUAAAGAGGAAAGGCUGCCACUCAGUGAAAAAGAGGAAAGGACCGUCCACAAAACCGAUAAAGAUCAAAAUGAUAAUUUAGAACUUGACAAUGAAGAAAAAGUAUUAGAAGACUCUGAUGUUUCCGAAACAUCUGAAGAUGAGAAAGCGACUGAUGUUGAACUCUCCACAAGUUCUAAACAAGAAAAUGAAACCGAAUCCUCUGGUGAACCACAACGUGAUUCUGGAGCCUCAGUAUCAAAUGGAAAUGAGAAUAUUAAUGAUGCUACUCUGAGUCAAAAGGAAGAUUUAACAAAAACAGUAGAUGGAGCUGAAUUAAAGGAGGCAGAAGCUAAGACGUUACAGGAAGAGCCUAAUAACACUCUAAGAUCAAAAUUGGAAUUUACUUUUGAUGCUGUGGUCUCCAAUGAUGAGAAUACAAGGAAAGUUACACCGCUUUAUGAGGGCGCGGAUGAAGAAGAGAAUGAAUUAGAAGCCACCACAGAAGGGUUUGUCGAACCUUCCAAAGUGACUCCUUUACUGCCAUAUUCCAAAGACAAAGAAGAACCUGAGAGAGAAAGCAAAGAUGAAGAACCUGCUCAUAGUUUGGAAAAUGAUGAAGAACAAACUAAACAAGAUCAGUCCCAUAAAUUGGAUAAGCAAGCGGAAAAACACGAAAACACCGACAGUCCAGAAAAAGCAAAAAGCAUGUGGACAACAUUUGGAGACACUGUGUUUGCUAUUGUAAGUGGAGGUGAAACCACACGCAAGGUUAGCACUAUAGAUGAGGAUGAUGAGGAGGAGGAGGAGGAGGAAGAAGAAGAAAAAAAGAAUGAAGAGCCAAAAAAAGACAUUGUAUACUUUUUAGACUCCGAUAGCCCUAAUGCCAAAGAAGAAGUUGAUUUAGCCAGUCAAGACUUUGAAGAGACUGUAAAUGUUUCCAUUGAUCACGGACAUCAACAGUCUGAGAAUUUAGAGAAUGCUGAUGGCAGGCAUGAAUUAGAUCCAAAAAGCAAGUCUGAGGUUUCUGUGAAUGAAACAAGUGAAGUCAAAGAACACCAGCAGAAUAAGGAAGAUGAACCUGCACCACUGACGGAAGAUGCAUCAAACAAACUUAAAAACACUGAAGCAAAUACCAGUGGCGCACAUCUUGUCUCUGAAGGUGGUGAACAACCUAAAAAUAUAGUGGACAGUGAUUGGGAAAAUGAAGAGAUUCAUUCUGAUGAAGACCCAGAGAUGGAAGCAAAUCCAAGUAGCACUAAUCAAACGAGAAAUGAAAUAGCAAAUACUGAAGUGGAGGGGAGUGAAAACAGCGAAGAUGUAAAGACAGAAGAUGAGAGUUCACCUUCAGAAGAUCAAAAUACUGAGACUAAAACUCAAAAGACUAAAGAUAAAGAGGAUGAAGAACUGUCUUCUGAGGAAAGAUAUGACGAUUUUACAAAUGAAUUGGCAAAGGAGUCAGAGGUAAACACUACAGACAAGAAGGAAGUUGAUGAAGAAAAAGAGGAAACACAGGAAGAACACGAGACCUUAUCUUCUGAUGAAGAAACUGACUUGGAGGAAGAAACACUAUUAGAGGAUGAAAAUGCUGUUGCUGCUGAUGUUGAUAAUAAGGGUGUGGAGAACAAUGGGGAAACGUCUGACAACCGUGAUAUUGACAUUGAUACCCAUGAUCUGGAUGAUGACCAGAAUAGUACAAAAACUACAGCUGAGGAGGAGGAUGAUGAACAAGAUCUAGGAGAUGAGCUCACAAAAUCUGCACCGCUACAGGAGAAGGAAAUGAAGGUGAAAGCAGAGGAUGAUGAGGGAAAAGAUGAAGCUGAUAAGAGAACAGAGUCUCCAGAAGAAGAAGAAGAAGAAGGUGGUAUAAAUAUUAAAGAUCCAGACGAAAACACCAUUUUAGAUGAAAGCGCUAAUGCGACAACAUCAUCUAAAGCACCGAAGGAGGAACACUCUGAAGUGAAUUACAGUGAAAGCAUAAGAGAACUCACAAUUCUGAAGACUCAUUUUGGAGAAAAGCAGCUCCAGCUAUUCUAUAAAUAUUUGGAUGUGCAUGAUGUCUUCAAAGUGGAGGCAAUGUUCCACGAUUUGGAAGAAGAGCUGAAACUUGCUAGACAGACAAGUAGAAAUACUGAGGAAAUAGAAAAAAGCCUGGAUGAUAUCCUGGAAUCUUCUGAGGUCAGCAUCCUUGAUCAAAUAGAAAAAAUGCUAGAUAAACGAGAGACCAAGAAUGAAGAGCUCCAGCAGAUGGACAAGGAUAUGGCCGAUGCAGAGGCAUCAAUGCUAGAAGACUUCCAAGAGCUGGCUUUUCAACUGCGACAGAAGUACUCGGCUGCAAGUGACAGCACUCCAUUGGCACCAGGAGUCCACCAUCAUGAAAGCAUUACAGACGUUAAGAGUAAAAUUCCGGACAACGGGUUGGAAACAGAGAAAGAUGAAAAUAAAGAAUUUGAAAUGAAUGUGGUGGAUGAAAACAAUGAAGCUCUUAAUUCAUCACCAGUUACUGAAAGCCCUGCAGUCUUGGCUGAAAAUGACCAAAACGAUGGCACUACACAAUCUUGGACCUCCACACUGAUUGACAUUUUAAGGGCGAUCAAGAAAUACACUGUGCGUUAUUUUGAAAUGUUGGUUAAUGCACUUCCUGAAGACUGGCAGCCUGGAGCAACUUGCUAUGGACUUCCAUGGGAGCCAGUGGUAACGACUGUCCUGGUUGGAUUCAUUUCAUUUAUGAUUUUCUUUUGGAGGACAGUCCUUGCUGUGAAAAGUAGGCUAUACCAGGUGACUGAAAAGCAACUGGGAGAAAAAAUAAAGCAAUUGAUUGACGAAAAACAGGAGAUUCUUAGUAAAAUUUCAGAAUUGAAAGAAAAAAUCAAAAUUUGUGAACAGCAGAUUGCAGACUCUGAGAAAACCAAAUCCUCUGAUUCUGUUGAAAAUGAAGAACUUAAGGAAACAUUUAAGGAGCUUCAAAAAAUAAACCACCAAAUGAAAGAAAAGAUUAAAACACUUCAGAUUUCCUUAGAGGAAGAAAAGAACAAUAAUUUGCUUCAAGAGGCGAAGAUUUCUGAAACAAAGGCACAUAUUGAUAAAUUACAGAAAACGAUUCACUCUACUACUGCAGAGCUUUCAAAGGCAAAAACUCGUGCUAAGGAAGCAAAACAUAAAGAAGAAACUCUAAUGGCCGAGUUAGAUGUACUAGUCCAAGAAAAUAACAAGCUAAAGCAAAACAAAAACAAGCAAUUAGAAAACAUCAAGGGUUGGGAAGAGAGAUAUAAAGAACUUUCUGAGCAAAUUAAAGGGUUCCAGAAAACUCAAAAGGAGUUGGAAGAAAAGCUUGCCCAUAAAGAUAAUGAAAUUGAGGUAUUGUCAGACUGCAUAACUGAACUGCGUCAGUUAGAGGCAGAAGCUACUUGUGAAACCGCUUCUUUACAGAAAGUGAAUUCUAAUGGAGAAAUAGCAGAGAAAAAGAAUGACGUAAUAAAAAAUAAAAUUAAACAGAUGAUGGAUGUUUCUAGGAUAAAAACUAAAUUGACAAUAGUCGAAGAAGAAAGAGAGCGAUACAUGUCUAGAUUACUACUGGAAGAAAAAUCAAGACAUGCACUUGAAGAGCUGAUUAAAAAACUGGAGCAUGACCACAGUUCUUUAACUAUUGAGAAGAAUCGGCUUGAAAAUGAUUUCAAGACUAUACAACAGAAACUGGAGAUUAUGAAUGAACUAUACCAACAAAAAGAGAAUGCUCUCCAGCAAAAAUUAUCUCAGGAAGAGUUUGAGCGACGUGAAAAAGAGCAGAAGCUGUCUGAAGUGGAUGGAAAAGCUCUUCAGGCAGAGGAACAAUUAAAGAUCUAUAAAAUGAGAAUUCAAGAAAUAGAAGAGGAGCUGCAAAAAACCGAGCGCUCCUAUAAAAAUCAGAUUGCAGUUCAUGAAAAGAAAGCUCAUGAAAACUGGCUUAACGCACGAGCUGCUGAACGAGCAUUGGUUGAAGAAAAAAGAGAAACUUCAAAUCUUAGGCAAAAGCUUGUUGAAGUCAAUGAUAAAUUUGCAGCUCUUCAGAGACCUGGUUUAAUUAAGCCAACACCUGGCCGUCCCGAUAGGCAAAUCCCUCCCUUACGUAGAGGUACAUUAAGCCAUGAUGAUUCAUUUGGUCCAUCUCCUGUGUGCGAUGGUGGUCCAUCUCCACCACUAAUGAUAGAGGGACCAGGACGUCCUCCAUCUGCUCCUGUUGCAAGGAGAGAGCCCUUUGUACUGAUUGAAAACCAAUCUCUUGCAAGAAGGCCACCUUCUGAAAAUGUAGGAAGGUACCCUGGUAGUGCAGAAUUUCCAUCCAGAGCAGAUGCUGGCGUCUCCACCCACCCUUUGAAUGCAAGUGGCCCAAGGACUUCCUCGCCUAAUGCCCCCCAGGAGGGAUCACAGUCAUCUUCUGUUGACUCACAAGAUUUAUCUUCUUCCCCUUCUGAUGAACUUCAGGUACAGGUAAAUAGUAAAGGUCAAGGACCACCCUCAUUUCCCGGUACUCCAAUUAGUUCUCCAUCAAGUGGUAUGGGACUGCCAGUAAGGGGAUAUGCACCUCCACCACCUGCUGGAUCUUUUCCUCAUUUAAAUGGCCCUAACCCCCAAAUGCUGAUUGGACCUCCAAAUGGAGUACCUCCUGUACCUGGGGCUCGUUUUGGUUCACUGCCUCCAAGCAAAGGACCAUUUGGUCUCAAUCCAUAUGGACCAGCACUGCCACACAAUGUCCGUGGCCCACCUCCACUACUCCGAGAUUAUCCGCCUGGGCCACUGCCACCACCACCUGCUCCUCCUCUUCCACACUUUGGCCCACGUGAUUUUGUUCCAAGCUUGAAAGAGCAUCCUUCUGGGUUUACACCAACCUAUGCAGCCAGAGACUUCCCAUUCCCCCCUAAAGGCAUGGCACCUCCUUAUAUUCCUGCACCAGCACAAGUGGGCCCAAGAGACUUCCAGCCUGGUCCUCUGCCACAGUCGCAUGGCAUUCCGGGCCUGACACCAGUAGUUCAACAAACGGAGCCUAAAGACUCUUCAGCGUAAUCGAACUGGCAAUAAAUUGCACUAAAUAUCUUUUGGACUUUAUUUUUAUUUUUUUUCUUUGAAAAAUAAACCACCCGGCCUUUUAGUUUUCAGAGUUUACUCAAUCCACAAAUCCUUUAGUUUGUUUUGGCAGGCAGCAUUUUGGGUCGACACAUCUCCCCAAAUGAUAAACGUACAUUUGUUUGUCACUCUGCAGCCUUUGACUGUGCAAUAUAUACAUUUAUUUGGACUUGUUUCUUAGAUUUGGAGGCCAACUCUGAUAUCAAGUACUCUUGGCCUUCUAAUGCUUUAGAGGUUUAAAUUUCCUGUGGAAAUAAAAACUUAAUUUUUUAAGUAUACUGGCAGGUGUACUUUACCCGGUGCACAUUUUCGAAGGAAUGUCUGGUGUUUUUAUCAGGAGUUCAGGUUUUAAAAUUAUUCUGAUCUUUUAUGUAGGCUUUAGAGGAAAAUGUACAUAAGCAAUUGCCAGAAAAGAAGAUAUUUUACUAUUUGCUAAAAAAAUGUAUUAAUAAAAAUUGUUCAGUAUACCAGUGUUUUAAAUGAUUGACAAAAAGGCAUAGCCAGUGAGACCUUCCUAUCCCUAUCCCUUCCCGACUGUGGUACGGUAGAACUUAACUGGCUUACGUUUUUUAGCAUGCAAGUAGAAUAAUAAUUUUUAUUUCUAAAGCAAUUCAUGGUAGGGGUAAAAUUGCAAAAUAGCUGUGAAAAAACAAGGCAGCCCGUCUUUGAUUUCAUUUACGACUGCAAUUAAAUGUGUGAUUGCCCAUUUAUGGUAAAGGAAUUAACCAAUGUUCUACUGUACAGGAUUAAAGCUAUUUUAUUAUAA